ACAAGUGAAACAAGUAAACAUGGCGCCGUGUGACCCAUCAUAUCAUAUUUAGUGUGUAUUGUACACGCAGUAUCUUUAGAUUUAUCUGAAAUUAGUAGAAAAUCUUUUAGAUAAGUGCGUAACUAAACAUUACUUUGAAAUGAGUGAUAAAUUGAACAUUUAAACUAAGUGCCAACUGUAUAUUUUCGUAAAGUGGAUUUUUGCCUGUUCUAAUAAAUAAGUUCUCGCCUAUAAAUAUUGUGUUCUUAAUGCCAUAUUGUGCUAAUAAAGUAAUUAAAUCAAUUAAAAUAGGUGCCAACGAUUUUUAUAUAAUGUAAACAUUGUGUUUUGUAACAGACGUAGGCGAUUGUCGCUUCCUACAGAUACGGUACAUUACAGCUAUGGAAAAUAGUGCCGAUAGCUACCUACACAAGAAAUUUAAAAAGCAGCUUAGUAUCGAACCAAAAUCUCAGAAUUAUGAUAAAGAAAACAAAGAUUCUGCUCGAGUUGUGGAGCCGAGUGAAGAAAAAAUCAGCGAGCCCAACAAACAGGGAGAGUGUAAUAAAGUAACAGAGAGUAGAAUAAGAGUAGACAAUAACGAUAGUGUGCCAAAUCAAAGUACAAAUCAGAAUAGUUCUUUUGUGCUGAACAUUAGUAAUUUGUCAAAGUCUUCCAUAUCAGCAGGAAAGUGUGUAGCGAACCAACAAUCUUCGAAAUCUUGCAUAUCAUAUGUAGUUUCAAACAACCAAAACAAUGAAGAACACUGUAAUCCCAUUAGUUUUGAUACAACAUUUAGUACACUUCCGACCAAUUCUACUAUUAGUACACCUAUUGUUAGUACGUCUUCCAUUUUAAACAACUUAUAUUCUAAAGAGAAUUAUGGAAACAAAGAUGAUGUGUCUACAUAUAACUCGCAAGAAGAUUUUUCCUUAAAACUUUGCUCGUCGGAUGACAAUUUCGAUGUGAAGAUAGAGGAAAUACAGCCCCCGCCCGACAGGAACUCGAGUGGAAAGUACGUCUGCACGUACUGCAACCUGGUCUGUUCCAAGCCCAGCGUCCUCCAGAAACAUAUACGAGCACAUACCAAUGAAAGACCAUAUCCGUGCAUCAGUUGCGGCUUCAGCUUCAAAACACGUUCUAAUCUUUACAAACAUUGCCGUUCCAGAACUCACGCCAAUAGAGUGAUGGGAAACAAAUCGCAACACUCGAGUAACGAACUGGAUAAUCAAAAGAACGUUAAUCUUUCCAUCCACCAGGAAAGUAGGGAAGAAAAUGCUUGCGGUGACGUCAAAUUAAAGCCCUAUAAGCCUCGUUUUCAUACCAGCAAGCAUUUCCUCGACAACGUCUCUAAAGAAAAUGUCGACGACGAGAAACAGAACAGCAAACAAGCCACCUCGGAACUCCUAUCUCACCACAUUAACGAAAUAAUUAACAAAAACAACUCUAUCGUAAACUCCAGGGAAUCAACAUUCAUCAAGAAACGUAUCAAUGAUUUAUCGAUUGUAGAUAAUGUAAAUAACAACGAAUAUGUACAAAAAUUGAAUAGGAGCGAUUCUAUGUACUCGCCGAGCGUCAUGGAACAAAACAAUCUAGACGAACCGCUAAACUUGACCAACAAAAAUCGAAAGAGGUGCAUGAGCGAGAUUUCCGAACCGAUCGCACAGAAGAGUCUAAUAAAGGAGCUGUUGUUGAAGAACCUGUACUCCUCAGACAUGCAGUGUCCUUAUUGCAAAAUGAUUUUCCAGACAGUGACGGAACUCGAUGUACAUAAAUAUCGAAACUGUAAAGGCAAACCACUAGGCGCUAGAUAUACUAGGAGCAGUUCCGUUAAUGUCGCUUCGAUCCUAACGCAGAACAAAAACGCUUUCGAUAACAUACCGCAGUUGCAGAACACGGUCUUCCCGUUAAACUCACCCGGACCGUUCUUAGGAAAGACUCGUUUGGUGGAAACCGAUAAAACGAAAUCAUUUUCGUUCGACAGCGGCAACUUGCCGCUAAUGAGCCCCAACGAGAUAUCCCAAAAUUACCUGUCACCGUUACCGUUUGACAAAGAAAAAAAAACACCCGUUAAAUUGUUCGGGGGAGAGGUAAAGAUACACUCGUUGGGGGAAACGAAGAGUUAUAAAAUAGACAAUAAAGAGGACAAAUGCGAACCCGAACAAAAUUACGUUGAAUACGGUGGAAAAUUAAGCGAAAACAGGGUUAUCAAGUCCAGUUUACAAUCCGGCGGGACGGUUCUAACGAACAAGACGAACUACAGCAAACAAGACAUAAGGACGCAGCAGGACGUUAUAAGGGUUUACGAAAACACUUCCGUUUCUCCCAGUAUAGACAUUUCGGGUAUAAGUAAAACUAAAUUCAAUUUUGAACGACAAUGCGAUGGAAUUGCGGACAGCAUGCAACCGGACAUCACCUUGAAACACAAUAUCGUCGACGAGGUAUCGAAAACUUGCGAUACCGUUUCCAAUUCGCUGUACAAAUACACUAAUAUAAUGGAUUUCAGCCAGAAGGCCGUCAAGAUGUUGACGCCUAACAUAAAACAACCGACCUUAUCCAUUCAACCACCCAGUAACGUUUUUAAUAAAUUGCUAGCCGAGAACCACAGGGAGGAAUUAUUACUGGACAAUUUGAAUUCCAAAUUAACAAUCGCUGAAAGCGAUAUCCACAGAGUCCAGAACUUGAAAAUCAAUCCGGAUCCGGAUGUCGGUAUGAGAAGUCCCUCUUUAAAAAAGCAGGUACUGCAAAAGAAGGGGUAUUACGAUCAAGUAAGCGGCACCGGUAACUUGUGCAAUCCUGUCAAUUUACUGGUGAAUGGCAAAGUAAUACGGUACGUACCUGGUAUGCCGGGACCAAUAGUUACCGAGGAUCCCGUCGAAAUGCCUUACGAGAACAAUAUAAUAUCCGUUGGAAGACCCACGCCAAGAGAUUUACCGCCGGCGAGUCCCAUCGUACAAAGUAAAUUAGAAGUAACAAACGACACCUUUAAAACCAGUAAAUCUAACUUUUCCAUGCCUGUCGACAGAACAAUCGAGAAAUUAAACAGGUCUCCGAAGAUAGGCAUGUUGGAAAUUAAAACAGACUUUUAUUCCAAGUCGCCAGAGAUAAAAUCCCCCUUAAAAACCAACGAUACGAACUCUCCGACAAAAAUAACAGAAAUAAAAUCACCAGAAAAAGAUACCGUAAAGGAAAACAAGAAAUUUGCCCGCCCAAACAGCCUAGCGUUGAAACCCACGACGGCGUCAUUAAAACAGCACCACGGUUUAACCCCGACCAUGUUCAAUCAAAUCCUCAUCAGUCCCGAUACACCGAGAGUUGCCAAGAAAUACGCCGAGCACUUCUUGCACGGUAACUACUUCAGUUAUUUGGGCUUGAAAAGUUCCACUAGGCCGGUCUAUUGCACCUUAAACAAGACGCAGCCUUUUUACGUUCCCCACUUUAAAAAAUUAAGCAUGUAUUCGGAAUGGCGGCAACAGGACACCAAAACGGAUAAGCUGUACGUUACCAACUACGAUUCCAGGCAGACGAGUCAGAAGUACACCAUGGCAGGCAAGACAUCGGCCAACUUGAUCAUCCAUUCCAGCUAUAGGUUUGUUGUGUCGGAAGUUUCAUCGAGCAAAACUGAAACUGAAGAUGAGCAACAAAAAAAUAAAAACAUUCUUGGGGGAUAUGAAUGUAACGACGAUUAUACGUACAUCAGGGGUAGAGGUCGCGGGCGUUACGUUUGCGAUCAGUGUGGGAUUCGCUGUAAAAAACCCUCUAUGUUGAAGAAACACAUUAGAACGCACUCAAACGAUCGACCCUAUACCUGUAGCCAUUGCAACUUCAGUUUUAAAACGAAGGGCAACUUAACAAAACAUAUGAAAAGUAAAGCUCACACCAAGAAUUCUACGGUUAGUAGCGGUUCUGGUUCUUCCACGCAGCAAAGCGCCACCCCUAGUUCUGAAUCGGAUACCGAUGAUAGUGGUAUGGACAGUAGUGACGAAUCAACACGUCAGCAGGAGCACGAGGCCGCCUACGGCUUGUUGUCGUUAUCCCAAAAACCAACUCAAACGAACACUCACUCGCAAUCCGACACCCACCAUUUGCAGGGCAGUAAUUCAGUCUCGAUCAACGAACUGUUCAUGAGUUCGGAAGAAAUAGCGUACGUGACAAAAACGAGUUACGCGAAAAACAAGAUAUUGGACGAACGUAAUUCCUUAAGCUUCACCAGCACCAGCAACAUUAACCAUACGACCGUAGCUACGAUUUCGGAAGAAACCACCGAGGCGCGGAAUCUGAGAAACUUCUUGGGGAAAUCCAGCGUUAAUAGGCCUCUGACUUAUCCAUACAUGUCGACGGUAUCAAACGAGGUUUUAACUCCGUCUAAAAGUUCGGAAGUUGUGAAUGAUAUUCACUUAAAUAACAUGGAGAAUAAUUCGGAAAUGAAGUGCAUUAAGCAGUUUCACGUUAUACAGAAAUAUGCCGCGUCACCAAUGCUGCCUAAGUCGCCUAAGAUGCCGGGACGAGAAAGUCCUAAACUGAGUCUAAGUCAAACCGAGAGGAAUGUAGAAAGCACACAUAGCACUCCCGAGAAACCUUCGUCGAGCGACAAUAAAAAUUUGAACCUCAAAGUCGGCAGGGUUUUGCCGACUUUAAAGAUAAACGACGUCGUAGUUCCACAUGAGAAUAUAAGCGAUUUGAGGAAAAGGAAGUUCCCCGUCGUAGAAAACGAUUACAAAAACAAGAUGCAGAGAAACGACGAAGUUAUGGAUUUAUCGAUGCCGUCGGUGGUAGAGAAACAUGACAAGAAUCACAUCAUUAACGGAAUAACGGAGAACUAUGCUUUCCAAAGCAACAUGCGGCCCAUGGAUCACCCGAAAAUAAUCGAUUCUUACAACGCGCCACCGAAACUUCUUCCGAAUAGGAGCCCUGAAAAGUUCGUUAACGAGGAAGACGAAUACCAGUACGAAAAGAAUGAAAACGUGAAUUCCAAAAGAAGCGACAUGGGUUGUAACGACACCGUCAUCAUUCUAGCCCCGUUGCAGUCCGAGGAUCACGUCAACGUGAAUUAUAUCAAAGAGCAGCACAACAGUAACGCUAGCGAUUAUUCGAAAUCCACGGAGUACGAUAACAGCGCGAUGGAGACUUUAGCGGACGUGGCGACUCAACGUGAAAAAUUGGAUAAAAACACGUUGGCACAGAGCGUGGCGACGGAGUUCCUGAAGUUAGCCACAAAAAACGAGAAAAUCGACGGGUGCAGGGAUACGAGCGGUUACAGUCUGAAUAAAGAUGUCAACGAUCUAAUCGUUAAGGCCGAAGGGAACAAAAGCUGCACCAUCUGUUCCAAAAAUUUCAACAAACCAUCUCAGUUAAGGCUUCAUAUGAACAUCCACUACUUAGAGAGGCCUUUUCGGUGCGAUUCUUGCUCCGUGAGUUUUCGGACCAAGGGACACUUACAGAAACACGAAAGAAGUGCUAGUCAUCACAAUAAGUUAUCAUCCACACCGGCUCUAUCGUCCUCGGAGCCGAGGCCUUUCAAGUGCACCGAUUGUAACAUAGCAUUUCGAAUACACGGUCACUUGGCGAAGCACCUGAGGUCGAAGAUGCACAUCAUGAAGCUGGAGUGCCUGGCGAAGAUCCCUUUCGGGUUAUACGCGGAAUUAGAGAGGUCCAAUAGUUUACUCACCGAAAUCAACACUUGCGACGGGGACCAAUGCCUGGAGAGUCUAAAGACUUUAGCCAAGAAAGUUUUCAUUAAUGACCCAAAUAAACUGAAUCAAUUAGAGCUAAGGAAAAACGACGAUGCCGAUAGCUAGUGUUAUUUUUUUGUACAUACUGCUAUUCUACGCCAAAGACUGAAUAAAUAAAAUCUAUUAUAUAUACCUUUUAAAUUUUUAAAUAUUGUUGGUACAUUCUACUACAUAUAUAUUAUAUAUAUUCUCAUGUGUCAAAUAUAUUAUUGUGAUAUUUGUUUAAGUGUUGUACAUAUAUUUUUUUAAGUUCACUUUCUUCAGUCGAAGACGUUUUUAAUAUAUCCUACCGCAUUAUGUUUUCGAUUAAUGUGUUCUAUUUUUUAUUACUAAUCAAGUUUUUUGGUUACGAAAUGGAUUAUUAUUUUUUUAUUUAUCUUGUUUUUAAGAUUUUUUUUAUUCGUAUAUUAUUUUUUUUUACCUGUUGUCAGGUAUAUUACAAAUUUUAUGUACACCGGAUAUGCCCAUAUAAAUUGUAAAAAAUUAUGUUAUCGAGUCCUGUAUCAUAUUCUGUUGUCUUUUAUUGUUGUAAAUAUUGUUUGUAUUAAAGUAACUAUAGGUUUUUGUGUAAUUUGUUAAUAUUGUUUCUAUUGUUAAAAAAAGUA